CUCCACAUAUAAGCCUCACCGCCCCUCUUCCCCCACCCCACACCCACGAACCGCAAGCCGACGGCCGCCGCUGCUCUCAACUCCUCCGGUCUCUCUCCGCCUUCACGUUCGCUUCUCGAAGAAGAGACAAUGGGAGUCUUCACCUUCGUUUGCAGGAGCUCCGGCGGCGAGUGGACGGCGAAGCAGGUCUCCGGCGACCUCGAGGCUUCCGCUGCCUCCACCUUCGAGCUCCAGAGGAAGCUCGUCCAAUCCGCCUACGCCGCCGACUCCUGCGGCGGCGUCCAGUCCUCCUUCUCUCUCGUCACCCCUUCCUCUGCCGUUUUCCAGGUGAUCAUUGGAGGUGGUGGUGGCGGUGGUUUCAUUGGAGGAGGCGCAGCUGCUGGGGCCCCUGCAGGUGGCGGUGCAGCACCGGCUGCUGAAGCACCUCCGGCAGAGGAGAAGAAGGAAGAGAAGGAAGAGAGCGACGACGACAUGGGAUUCUCUCUAUUUGAUUAGGGCAGUUGACCUGUGCUAUUCUUUUUCUGUCUUUAGUGAAUGCUUCUUUUUCAUGUCUCCCUGAAGACCCCCAUGUCGACCACAUCCUAAAUAGCAUGAGAAUUUUGUCUGGAUUUUCAAUUUCUGUGCCUUUUUUUGUCCUCUUCGGUUAGAACGAUGGAUCGCAGUGAACAUUUGGUAAUGUGAGUCAUGUUUAA